UGUGGGAACAGGUGCUGUGUCCUGGAUAAUAAGAAUAAAUCAGAUUAUUCUUAUGUCGAGGAGCUUCUAAAAGUUGUUGACAGCACAGUUGAACAAAAUGGAGGGUCUCAUUAUGAGAUGGAGGGAGAGGUAUUACAGGAAGUACAAGCAAAGAAAAAGGGACAGGUGGAGAGAGCAAAAGAAAGAGAGAAUAAGGUAAGAAAACUCUGGGAGGAGCUGAAGAUGUGCGAAGGCCUGGAAAAGAUGACAAUCAGGGACAAGCCAAGAAAGGAGACAACUACAGCAACGAAUCAGACAAAAAACCUUCAUAACCUAGCAAACAUCAGACUAGUCCUGCUGGGGUCUGUAGAUGAGGGCAAGAGGGCCGUUGGAAACACCAUCCUGGGAAGAGAGGAGUUUAGCUCUAAGAUCAUUUGUGAAUGUGUGACAAAACAUGGAUCGGUGGGACAGAGACAGGUCACUGUUAUUAACCCACCAGGCUGGGGCAGAGAGCAGCGACUUUCUGAAACCCCUCAGAGUGUUAAAGAGCAGCUCUUGUGGAGUGUGUUUCCUCCAGGAGCCCAUGCUCUCAUCUUGGUCAUACGUGCAGACAGGAAGUUCACAGAGGCCAACAGGGUAGCACUGCAAGAUCAUAUGGAGCUUCUUGGGGAGAGGGUGUGGAAUCACACCAUUGUGCUGUUCACCUGUGGGGACUGGCUGGGUAAUAUAGCCAUCGAACAGUUUAUUUACAGUGAAGGCCAACCCCUACUGUGGGUCGUAGAAAAAUGUAGCUAUAGAGUUCAUCGUAUGAACAAUACUGACAGGGCUGCUAUCACACAGGUCUCAAAGUUGCUAGAAUCCAUAGCGUUUGUGGUGGCAAAGAACAAAGUGAAACAUUUUGAGUUAGACAGUGAAAGAUACCAGAGAGAGAAAUUGAAAAUUGAAGCUCGGGAAAGGACAGUUAAAGAGAUGCGAGAGAGGAUUCAACAAGUGAUGGGGAUGGGGGAUGUUCAAAGAAGAAGUAGCCUGAGACGACUUCCAAGUUUGAAUGAUGACAGAAGACCACCACAAACAGAGUUCCGAAUCAUACUGCUGGGACACAGAGGAUCUGGAAAGACGGCAGCUGGAAACACCAUCUUGGGCAGUGAGGCCUUCCACACCAAGCAGAGUGUACAGAGCAUGAAGAAAGAAGCUCGUGUAGCAGGAAGACGCUUAACUGUGAUCAGAGCAUCAGACUGGGAAAAGGAACAACUUCUGAUAGACACUCCUGAACUGACUAAACAAGAGAUUAUGCUCAGUUUGUCUAUGUGUCCUCCGGGACCUCAUGUUUUUCUUGUGCUUGUAAGUGUGGUAUUGAAAUUCACUGAAGCAAGCCGCAGAGCCAUUCAAGAACACCUGGAACUUCUCAGUGAGAAGGCCUGGAAGCACUGCAUGGUGCUGUUCACAUGUGAGGAGUGGUUGGGAGAUAUAACAAUUGAACAGUACAUUGAGAGUGAAGGCAAGCCUCUCCAGUGGUUAGUUGAGAAAUGUGGGGACAGGUAUCAUGUGCUCAACCACAAGAAGAGGAGGGAGAACAGUCAGGUGACAGAACUGCUACAAAAGAUUGAGCAUAUGGUGACAGGAUAUGGAGGCAGCUAUUAUCAACUAGACAGUGACACAUUAUAAGUCAGAAAACAUGAGGAAGGAGGAGACAGAGAGGGCAGAUGAGAGAAAGGUGACAGUAGAGAGGCACAGGCGAGAACUGCAGGCUAAAUUAAAAUAAUUGACAAAAAGAACCGUAAAAUUACAGUAUACUGAAUCACAUACACACACACAAACAUGCAUACAGUACAUACAUUUCCACUGAUGCAAAAAAGUUUGCCAUCAGACCCAACAUACACAGACAUGAAGGUGAACACAUGCCACCCAAACAUAGACACUAGACAUUUCUGAAGAAAAAUAUUUGUUGACAGGCAAGUAACAUACACAAGUGUGUAUAUGUGUGUGUAUUUUUGUGUAUUACUAUAAGCAAAACCUUUUCAA